AUGGCUGCAAAUAAUCCAUUCAAAGUACUGAUAUAUGUGGUAGUUUUGUGUGUGGUUCCCUGCAGAUGUGGAGCUCCAGCUGAGAAUCCUGCUUGCCAUCUGAAUAUCAUUGAAACCUAUGAGGACUAUGAGUAUAUCCAGGAAGGAGAUAUCAUGAUUGGAGGGAUUUUAUCCAUGAACGCACUCAUGAUUGACUACAUGAAGGAAAGUGACGCCUACAAGAAGAGAAUGUGUGUUGUGGUCCUCCCUCAAUAUUACAGACAGCUGGUGGAUUUCCAGUUACUCAUCAAAAUAAUUAACUAUGAGCAAUCCUUGUUUCCCAACCGGACUUUGGGGUACCAUAUAUAUGAUUCCUGUGGGCAAGCGGAGAAGGCAGUGAGGAGUGUAUUACAGAUAUUAUCUGGUACCAGGGAGCCGGUUCCCAAUUACUCCUGUGUGGCAAACAGAAACAUUGCUGGAUUUAUCGGGGAUUUCAGUUCAGUGACAACAGUACCCAUAGCCCAAAUUCUGAGUCUGUUUGGCUAUUCACAGAUCAGUUCUGGUGCCACAGACCCAUUGCUCAGUGACAGAGUCACUUACCCGUACUUUUUCCGGACAGUACAAACGGAUCAUUAUCAUUAUCUUGCUUUAAGCAAAACAUUGAAAUAUUUUGGCUGGACCUGGAUUGGAAUAAUACGAGUGGAUGAUUAUGAAGGAGGAAAUGAACAUCAGCUUUUGACAAAGUAUCUCAUAAUUCAUGGGAUAUGUGCUGACUUCACCAUAAAGAUAAGUAGCUUUUUAGACACAACUCCAUCUGGAUUGAAUGAGGAAACAAGAAAUAAACAGAUCAUUCAAAAGUCUUCUGCUAGAAUCAUUUUACUAUGUGGAACAGUUUCGGCAGCCAGUGCCUCAAGUCUAUCUAAAUAUACUAAGGAAUUAAUUGAGAGGACAUUAAUUCUUUCUUAUGCUUUAUCUGUGAAUUAUCACAUGAUGGAUUAUGCCAUGGAAAUAUUUAAUGGUAGUUUAGGCUUUAUGCAAUAUUUAGCAUUUUAUCUUCAUGGCCCCUCAUUAAAACCUUACCUAGACAGUCUCCAUCCUUCAAACAACCCCAAAGACAAAUUAUUGCAAGAUAUCUGGAUGCAAAAUCAUUACUGUUUAUCAAAGGACAAAAGCAAAAAUGAACAUUAUAAAAGAGUUUACAGAGAUGAGCUUCGUAACUGCACUGGGAAGGAACGCCUAACAAAUGUCCGCUAUUUUGAUGACGCAUUACACAUUCCCCAAGUGGCCUUUGCAGUUCAUAUAAUGACUCAUGCAAUUCACAAUAUGCAAAUGUAUAUUGACCAGGAAAGUCCUAUAAAAAGAAAAAAUAAGUAUAAUUAUAAAUUUCAGUUACAUCACCAUUUCAAAAACAUUCCUUUUGAAGAUAACGAAGCUUUGAAUUUCUAUGAAAAUGGUGAGUUUGUGACUCACUACCGGAUCUAUUACUGCACAUUUGUAUCCCAUAAAACACAUAUGGAAAUUAUUGGAGUGUUACUAUCAAAGGGACCAUCAGAUCAGCAGCUCCACAUUGGUCCAUUUGAGGUAACAUGGAAGAGCAACGACAGUCAGAUCCCCAAAUCCCAGUGCUCAGACAACUGUCUCCCAGGCUUCAGGAAGGCACCAAAUAAUAGAACCCAGUCCUGCUGCUACGAUUGUGUCCCGUGUUCCGAGGGAGAAAUUUCAAAUCUAACUGACAGUGAGAAAUGCAUCAGAUGCCCAGACAUGGAAUGGCCCAGUAAGAACAGGACUAUCUGCAUUGCAAGAACAGAAAUAUUCCUCUCAUACACAAAUGAUGUGAUUUCUGUGAUUUUUUCAUCAAUCUCAGUUCUUUUCUUUCUUAUAACUGUGCUGAUUUUGGGAGUUUUUAUUAUAUACCGGGACAGUCCAAUAGUGAGAGCCAACAACAGGAGCCUGAGCUUCCUCCUCCUUGUCUCCAUCAAGCUGAGCUUCCUCAGUGUGUUUCUGUUCCUCGGUCGCCCUGUGGACAUAACCUGCAUGUUGCGUAACAUAACUUUUGGAAUCACCUUCUCCAUAGCUGUCUCUUCUCUCCUGGCCAAGACUAUCAUGGUUUACAUUGCUUUCAAAGCCACCAAGCCAGGGAGCUCAUGGAGAAAAUGGGUUGGAGUCAAACUGUCCAAUUCUGUAGUCUUGUUCUGCUCAUCCAUUCAAAUAAUAAUCUGCAUGACUUGGUUGGCCAUUUCUCCUCCCUUUCAGGAACUGGACCUUCACACUUACCCUGGAACCAUCAUCAUUCAGUGCAAUGAGGGCUCAGCUUUUGGCUUUUACUCAGUUAUUGGGUAUAUGGGGCUUCUGGCAGCUGUUAGUUUUGUUUUAGCAUUUUUAGCUCGGACAUUACCGGACAGUUUUAAUGAGGCCAAGUACAUCACUUUCAGCAUGUUGCUCUUCUGCAGUGUUUGGAUCACAAUGAUCCCGGCCUAUCUGAGCACCAAAGGCAAAAACACUGUGUGUGUGGAGAUAUUUGCCAUACUCACCUCAAGUGCUGGACUUUUAGCCUGUAUAUUUCUGCCUAAAUGCUACAUUACUUUAUUUAGACCUGACUUGAAUACAAAAUUACAUUUAUUUAGAAACAAGUCCUCAUAA